CACUCACAUCCACACACACACAGAGAGAGAUACAAUCACGCUGCUGCUGCUAACAGCGACGCCAACAUCUGGAAGGGGAUAGCAGACAAAUUUUAACCGGCUCACGGUGACGGACAUUUAACGAGAGAUCUGACGCCGAGCCUGACGAUCCACACCAGGUGCCAUGGACCCGGUAAAUGGGGGGAGCCUGUGGGGGGGCGGCUCUCCGGACGCCCUCCUGGGCUCAACGUCGCCCUUCGACCUGUUGGAGCCUCCGCUGGCAAGCGGCUUCCUCAAGCUGUCUCGUCCGUGCUGCUACGUGUUCCCCAGCGGGCGCGGGGACUCGGCGCUCUUCGCCGUAGGCGGUUUCAACCUCCUGGUGGAUGGCGGCUCGGAGGCCCGGUCGUGCUUCUGGAAGCUGGUGAGGCACCUGGACCGUGUCGACGCCACCAUCCUCACGCACACGGGCACCGACAACCUCCCCGGCUUUGCCUCCUUCCUGCGGCGGAAGAUCUCCGAGGCGGUCGCGGAGGAGGGAGGAGGGGGCAGCGACGAUGAGACCGGUCCCAGGUCGCCGCCGUCGUCGUCGUCGCCGGCCUGGUCGCUCCGAAAGUCACCGAAUCUCCUCAUCUCUCCCGAGCUGGGCGUGGUGUUCUACAACGUCCCGGAAAAAAGCAACAACAACAACAACAACGCUGAAUUGGCGGCGGCGGUGGCCACUGCCCGUGACAAGGGGAGCCUCGAGGUGUCCACGGUGAUCCUGGAGAGCUUGGAGAAGCUGCGAGUGGCUCCACAGCCGUUAUUCCGGCUGUCGGCGCCCACCAUUGAGCCGGUGAUCCUCUUCCACAAGUUGGGCGUGGGACACCUAGACAUGUACGUGCUGAGCCCAGUGAGGGAAGGCCGCGAGGGUAACCCACUCGGGCAGAAGCUGCCGUCGAACAGGGCCAAGGGCGGCAACGGCGUGAUGGGGCACAAGGAGAGCGGGGCGGCGGUGCCGGCGGCGGCGGCGGCCCCCUGCGCCACUGGCACAGAGUCUGUGGCGGUGCUGGUGGUGUGGCAUCCCGCAGACCCGACCGAGAGGAUCGUUCGCGUCCUCUUCCCCGGUAACGCGCCACAAGCUAAGGUCCUGGAGAGCCUGGAAAAGCUCAAGCACUUGGAGUUCCUCAAGAUCCCUUUGGCCACGCAGAGAGACGUGACGUCGGGCACGGCCACAGCAAAGAACGCCAGCCCGGGGCAGAAGACAGCCAGCAAGGAGAACGUGAAGUCUUCUUCAUCCCGCUCCUCCUCCAGCAGGAGGAACCUCAACAAGGAGGUGGUGGAGAAGUCAGACGCCAACAAUAGGCAGAGCAAGGGUGGAGAGAAGAUGGACAAGAGGGACCCGUUAGCGAAGAACAAACUGGAUUUGUCUUCCGAGGCGGUGAAGAACAGGGGCUCCGUGAAGAAGGACGGCAAGAAGCCGGAGGUGAAGAGGGAUGCUCAGAAGGUGAGUAAAAACGACAUGAAGCCCGCCGGGAAAAAGGACGAUGAGCGGAGAUCACCAAAGCCAGCGGCGAAGGCCGCGGGACCAUCCUCAGAGGGCAGGAAGGGCUCAGCUAAAGCCAAAUCUCCCAAAAAAGAGGCCGCAGACAUCAAGAAGCCACUCGCGGGAGUUCAUCCCAAGUUGAGGGAGAAGCUGAAAGGGCGGUUUGAUGCAUCAGCGGGCCCCAAGACAUCUCCCACAUCGUCGCCGGAAGACCUGAUGAAGGAGUUUGAUGAGGUGAAGCAGGACAACCUGCAGGCGAUGAUGGCGGUACACAAGGCCCUGGUGUCGGAGAGUCCCAGCGACAUCUUCGUGUCAGAGGAGCAGUACGUGGAGAAGAUCAUCCCGAGCCCCGUGCACGAGGACUACAGCAAGACGCCCGACAGCACCGACGUGGCCGAGUCGCUGCUGUCCCCCGACGAGGGGAUCACCACCACGGACGUAGAGGGCGACCUGGACUCGUCUCCCCAAGAGGACCAGGCCCAAAAGCCCGACAGAGAGAAGAAUGAACGCUGUGCGCCAGAUAAGAACCAGCGGAAUGCGUCUGGAGCCGAAGAGCGCACGGAAGCGGGCGGUGAGAAGCGUUCUGCCGACGGAGAUGGCGCAGUCGCGAGUGGCAUGCAGCAAGAGUCCAACGAAUUUCUCGACAAAGCGGAGACGGAAGCGGUGGAGAAGCAUGCGCCGAAGGCAAUAACAAGCGACGCGGAAACAAGGCAGGGCCACACAUUUGACGCUGCAAACACCGACCCGGAAAAUAUCUCCGUUCACGGUGCCGCCGCGGUGCCGCUUCAUCCGCAUGCAGACACAGGCCCAAAAGGUUCCGCUAGUGAUGCGGCUGCUACGGAGCCGACUCCAAAACCCCAUGGCAGUGCAUCUGCCACGGAGAAGGACGUCGCUAAUGUCACGUCGUCGCAGACAUCUGAAACGUCUGACUUUCCACCGAAGACUUCCUCGUCGCCCUCCCGGGAAUCCCUGGCGCUCCCCGGCCUGGAAAGGGGCCCUCCCAGCGCCGGGGUCCACGACGUGAAGGACGGUGCCGUGGCAGAGGGUGGCACCUUGCGCGCUCCCACGUCCAUUUUGCACCGCACGAAGACCCCGUCGUGCGAGCGGUCCGUGCUCUUCGACCUCACGCCACUGGAGAUCAAGCUGACUCCGGACGAAAGCCCUGCCGACAAGGGACCCCAAGGCUCGGACAAAAGUGGAGAAAGCGACGCUUUGGCCGAUGCCGAUUCCCCAGCGCGCUCCCCUCCAUCCAGCGCCGGGCACACGCCCUACAACCUCUCGCCCGUCGACGAACCCUCCUUCCUGUUUGAGGAGGCGGCAGCAGCCCGGGAGCAGGAGGAGGAGGACGCGGGUUUGGAAGAACCCAAGCUGCGCUCGGUUGAGGUAUCGCCUGGGAGCUGCAGCGUCAAUCAGACCGACGAUCACGAGUCCGUCCCCGCCAGGGGCCUAGGGUCCAGGGAAACAAUCAUGAAUGAAAUUAAGGACAUUGCGAAUAAGGAGGUGAUCCACUUGGCGGAUACCAAAACGUUCGGCUGCGUGCCUCUUCCGGACGAUGAGAAGAAAGAGACAGCCAGGCACUUGGCUAAUGAGGUGCUGCUUUCCCUAGGCAUGCUAGGGAAUGCGAGCGAAGGGCCAUCCAAGGCUGCCGAGGAGGAGCAUCAUCUGCAACAUCAGAGUUACAACAGUGCGGCGGGGACAUCAGAGCCAACUGCCAAGGACAAGCUGAAGACCUCCGCAGUGGACUUGCCCUCCCCAAAGUCCAUGACGCCAACAGAGGACAGCUUCCUGCAGGCGUGCGUCACCGUCUCUACCACGUCGAUCGCCACCAGCUCCUUCCUCAACGAACCCAACGCCCGCACAAUGGACGACGUGUCUCCCUCAUUGCCCGUCGAUGUGGGCUCGCCGCAGUCCACCGAGGUGGAUGAGUCCCUGUCCACCUCCGUGGAGAACCCAUCGGUGGGCCGUGGUGAGGCCUCCAGGCCAAUGUCGGCCUCGCCCGACCAGAUCGUGUCCCCUGGGCGGGCGGACGAGGUGAGCGGGACAAUGGCGAGUGAUCAGAUGACGCAGAAGCAGCACGGAUCUCUGGCUUCGUCCGUAGCGUUCCAAUUGGACAGAUGCGACAACAGUAGCAGCAGCAGCUCCCCAGCCAAAGCAGGUGGUCACCACACAGCUCAAGACAAGAACCAGAGUGCAACUCAGGCUGCUCAGCCAAUAGAUAUCCCCCUUCUUUGCAAAGAGGACCGACAGAAGUGUUUGGAGGCUUCGGCAUCCACGGGUGGCAAUGCCCCUUCUGUGAUGACCUCGGGUCAACUCCAGCAAGGGAUCUGCGAGGCUGCGGCGGCACUGACGACCCCAGGACAGCUGUUCCCCUCCUCCGCCCGGUUAGACGACCCCACCACCGCCGCGUCAUCGUGGGCGACGCAGCCGCAAAGCAACGUGGACAUCGAGACCCCGUCGACGUCGGUCAACAACUCUGUGGCUUCGUCGUCGGACUCGGAAGGGCCUCCGGAACUGAGUCGCGGCUGGGCCGCAGCUGCGAUGGAAGGGAGUCCCUUGGCCUGUGGCCCUGCAGCUGCUGCUGGCGCUGCUUCUGCUGUGGGUCCGGAGGCGACACCAGCGCCCGUCAGCUCACCCACCUCACCGCCAGGGGGAGACCCGUGCUCGGCGUGGUCAGCCGAGCGCAAACUCGACCCCACGCCGCCCCCGCCCGACCCCGCCGUGCGCAUGGUUGACCCCGAGCUCGCCAACUAUGGACCGGCCAUGGAGAAGAUGCGAGGGGGAGCUGCGACGAAGAGAGAUCCCCAGAGCGUGAAGACCCAGAAACAGCCGCGGGUGAAGACGCCGUCACCCGGAGCGAACGCUAAGAACCUCGGGAAGGCCACGACGCCUCCGGGAAGGCCCGGCGUGGGCAAGAAGUCCCCGGGAGAUUUGAAAACGACCACGGGCGUCAAGAAGAAGGGAGGUGGCGCGGGUGGCGCGAGUGGCGGCGCGGCCCCCCCCCUCGCCGCGGUGUACGUGGACCUGGCCUACAUCCCCGCUCACGGAGCGCAGGGGCAGGUGGACGUCGACUUCUUCCGGCGCGUGCGGGCGACGCACUACGUGCUGAGCGGGAACGACGCGGGCGGCGCCGCGAGGGCGCCGGGUCGCGCCACGCUCGACGCGCUGCUGGUCGGCCGGGCCGAGUGGGGGUCAACCACACGCCGAUUCCGACGCCGCCCGCGUUUUGUUUCGGGCGCGCAGGUGACGCUGAUCCCCACGUACGACACGGCGGCCGUGCGCGGCUGGUACCAGGAGACGCACGAGCGGCAGCGCGAGCUGGGCAUCAUGGUGCUCGCCAGCAGCAGCACCGUGGUCAUGCAGAGCGAGUCCUUCCCCGCCUCGGCGGGCUCGCACGCGUUCCGGCCUCCGUCCCGGAUUAACCGGCGCUGGCUGCGAAGCGCCGCUUGCUCGCCGGUCCCCCGUCGCGCUGGCACGGAGCCGCAGGCGAGCGCCGCGGUGCCCUCUGGCUCGGCGCCAGCGCGUGGCAGGGGACCAGAACCGGGCCACCGGGCGGCGUUUCGACUGCCGAUUUACCGAGCCGAGCCGCAAAACCGAAGCCGCGCAACGCCGGGCUCACACGAGACUCCGGGGCCCAAGAAGGGCUUGCCGGGCUCGGGGCUGAUCGCGUGUCCAUUGCGCGCGCCGUCGGUCAGCUCGAAUCGCAACGACGGCGUCGCCGCGCGCGUGUCCACGUCGCCCGUGUGA